CUUUAUAGUCUUAUGAACGUGGACUUGGCGUGAUUUUUUUACAGUGAAACUGUUUUUGUUCGGAUUAGAGAAUACACGUUGGUAGACGAGCUCAUCCACUGCUUUUUUUGUGAGAAAUGGUAGACAGACGAAGUUAGAGAACGAAAAAUAGUGAGUGGCUCCACUACAUUGAAAAAAAAAAAAAAAAAAUAAAAUAAAAUAAACAUCUCAACGCUUCGCUGGAACGAGUUUAUUGGUUUUUUUUAAACAAAACACAAUUUAGUAUUGUAAUAAACAUAACUCAAUAAAAAAAAUUGUUUAAUUAUUUAAUGUAUAAAUAUGAUUAAACCGAGUAGAAUUAAUUGAGCGAAAUAUUUUCACAUUAUUAUAACCUCAAUACAUAAUGACUAAAUUUGAUAAAUUGAAAAACAUAACUGGGAAAAUAGUCUGUAAUAAAAGCGAAUUAAAUUUAAGAAGUACUUUGAAAGGAGGUCAAAGUUUUAGAUGGAAAGAAGUAGAAAAUGGUGAAAAGUAUCGAGGAAUUUUUGCUGGUGAAUUAUGGACACUUCAUCAAGAUGAUCAUUAUAUUUAUUACAAAACACAUGGAUCCAAGUUAAGAAACUCAAUAGAUUGUGAGAAUGAAUUAUUUAAAUACUUUAAUCUCCAUAUCUCUUUGAAAGAUAAUUUAGAGAUCUGGUCUGAAAAUGAUGAAAAUUUUAAAAAUUUUACUAAUAUUGUUGAGGGUGUUCGUAUAUUAAACCAAGAUAUGGUAGAAAAUAUUUUUUCAUUCAUUUGUAGUGCUAAUAAUAACAUAAUUAGAAUUACUGGGAUGAUAGACAAAAUGUGUCGUCAUUUUGGCAAUAAAAUUUGUAAAUUCAACAAAGAAUUUUACUACGAUUUUCCAACAAUUGAAUCCCUUGCACAAGACAAUGUUCAGACUGUAUUGUCAAAAGAAGGAUUUGGUUACCGUGCUCCUUACAUUUAUAAAACAGCCAAGAAAUUAGUUGAACUUGGUGGUCGCAAGUGGUUAGAAAGUCUUCACAAAGAUCAAGGAGCAGAGUAUGAAAAUGUAAGACAAACAAUUCAAGUUUUGCAAGGAGUAGGUCCAAAAGUUGCUGAUUGCAUUUGCUUGAUGUCAUUAGGACAUUUGGAAUCUAUUCCAGUGGACACACAUAUUUAUCAAGUUGCUCGAGAAUUUUAUUUACCUGAUUUAAAAGAAGUUUCAUCGUUAACUCCGACGAUGUAUCAAGAAAUCAGUCGCCAUUUACGCACCAAGUGGGGACCACUGGCUGGAUGGGCGCAAGCUGUUGUAUUUUGUACUAGAAUUAAGAGUAAUCCCAUUAAAAAAAAAAAAAAAAAAGGAUAGUAUU